CAAACAGAGCUUAAAACAGUACCGUGAUUAGGUGGCUACAGAAGCAAUGAGUAUUUUACGAAGAUUAAUGAAAAAUGUUUAUGUAAGAAAAAACAAAAAAACAUCUUAUAACCUGAUCAGAUGGAUGCAAAAUGAAAAAUUACUAAAACGCAAACUAAAAUGCAAGAGGUGUAACAAGAGGAUGAGGAUGGUACAUUCCCACUGUGCUGACAAUUUUAUAUGGGAGUGUCGAAGGCGGCAUUGUGGAAGGUUGAAGAGAAGUGUGAGAGCCGAGUCGCUCUUCUCAGGUUCCCACAGUGACCUUUUUACAUGGAUGAAAUACAUACAUAGGUUCUCACAAGGCUUACAAAUGCGACAGGUGGACAUGAUCCAAGAUGGAAUAACAAAGAGCACCAGGACCCUCUCUAUGAUGUCCAACAAACUCAAGCAAAUGUGCGUCAAAAGUCUGCGAAAGUUUCGCAAAAAGAAAGGACAGAAAGUGGGGGGAGCUGACAUCAUUGUUCAGAUUGAUGAGAGCAAGUUCUGCCACAAGCGAAAGUAUGGCAAAGGUCGCUAUGGAAACACUUGGAGGAGGAAGAGAACGUGGGUAUUUGGAAUGCUUGAAAUAAGGCCACACCUCAAGCGUCCCAUACUCCGCCUGGUCAAAAAAAGAGACAAAAACACACUGAUCCCGAUCAUCAGAAAACAUGUUAAGCCUACGACUCUUGUAGUAAGCGAUGACUGGAGAGCUUACUCAAGCCUAAAAGAGGAAGGAUAUCGGCAUGUAAGGGUUAACCACAGUCAAAACUACAUCGACCCGAUUUCAGGUCUGCACACACAAAACAUCGAGAGGGCAUGGCAGACAUACAAAAAGGAGGUUUGGCAUAUGAGAGCCAACAGGUCUGAGAAAUCUUUAAGAAAGCAUCUCUGCUUCAUAGAGUGGACAUACUGGUUGGGCAGAAUGCACAAAUAUGGGGUGCUUGGUAGACUUUUUAAAGACAUCAGAUGUGCAUAGAGCAAAAAGGUAAUUCAGUAUACUGUUUUUGAUAUUUCAGUAAUGUGUAUGUUUUGUUUUAUUGGCUGUUUGACCUGUAAUUCUGAAAUGGUUUAAAAAUGACUGUAGUAAUGUGAUAUAUAUAUAU